UAGGCACGGGGUAUGAAUUAUCUUCAUCUUUGCAACCCACCUAUUGUUCAUCGUGACUUGAAGUCAUCAAAUCUGUUGGUUGAUAAAAACUGGACUGUGAAGGUUCGUUUUUGGGUAUCAUCUUAGUCUUUCUAUCUGCAACGCUAUGCAUAGAAGCAUCACAUGCUCAUCUUCUAUUCAUUUUAAACAGGUUGCCGAUUUUGGUCUCUCAAAAUUCAAGCAUCAAACAUUCUGUCAACAUUUACAGGACGAGGAACGCCGCAGUGGAUGGCUCCAGAGGUUCUCCGUAAUGAUCGGUCAGAUGAGAAGUCUGACAUUUAUAGUUAUGGAGUAGUAUUAUGGGAAAUUGCCACACAAAAGAUUCCUUGGGAUAAGUAUAACUCAAUGCAGGUGAUUGGAGCUGUAGGAUUCAUGGACCAACGACUUGACAUUCCAAAAGAAAUGGAUCCAGAAUGGGUCUCUAUAAUUGAGAGCUGCUGGCAAAGUGACCCAAAACACCGACCAACAUUUCAGGAACUGGUUGAGAAAUUAAAGCAUCUGCAGAGACUUCAAGCCCAAGCAUCCCGCUUAGCACAAGGCAGUGAAACUACAACGUCGGCACUAGAUAUUUGAAUUCUUGGCACAACAUCAGCACCAGAAAUGUCUGGUGGAUGGCUGGAUUCACGGUCAUAUUUCGAGGUUGUGUUUCAACCUCUAGAACUCAGAUUGGGGCGUAGAACUUGCACUUGACAUGACAUUAUGCUGCUCUUUCCGGUUGGAACAGAAGCAUCGAACUUUUAUGCUGUAUAAAAGGA